CAAAUGAAUUGAAAUUUCGAGGGGAUUCGAGCCCGACAACGACGCGCGACGACAGACCACCCGACAAACGCACCCUUCUUAGCUCCCACAGAAGCCUCCGUGCUCUCCUCUUGAUUUUCGAUUCGAGGCUUUUGCUGAUUACACCUUUGCAGCCAUGGGAGGCGUCACCGUUCGCGAUGUGGAUGCGCAGAAGUUCAUCAAUGCGUACUCCGCUUUCUUGAAGAGACAAGGCAAAUUGCCAAUCCCAGGAUGGGUUGACACCGUCAAGACCUCCACUGCCAGAGAACUCCCUCCUCAGUCCGAUGAUUGGUUCUAUGUCCGCGCUGCUUCAGUUGCCCGACACAUCUACCUCCGCAAGACCGUCGGUGUUGGCCGUCUACGAAAGGUUCACGGAGGAACCAAAAACCGCGGUUCCUGCCCAUCCCACCACGUCAACGCCAGCGGUGCCGUUGACCGCAAGAUUGUCCAGGCUCUCGAGAAGAUCGGUGUCGUUGAGGUUGAUGAGGAGAAGGGUGGUCGCAGAAUCACACAGACCGGCCAGAGAGAUUUGGACCGCAUCGCCAAAACGACCCUUGAGGAGGAGGAGGAAGAUGAUGAGUAAAUGGUGACCCGGGGCUGAGAGAGGGUGCUUGAUUGCGACAGAGCUUGUGUUGAUAGGGACGGUCUUGGUCGAAAUUUUAAUGACUCCAUCAUGAUCCAAAGCUUGUGGCGCAAAUUGGGCACCAUGAUCCAGGGAGCGGGGAAUACUCUUUAGACAUACCGCCAUCGCUCAGAGGCGUUGCCCCAUUUGAAUGGAGUACGGUGUGACAUCUAUUUUAAUAUUUUGAUGAGCGUCCUACUCCAGUUCGGCUAUUUCCAUGAUCCGGCGGCAUGUCCUCCUGUUCGGUAUGUGACAGUGGCUCUCCAUGGACGACUGAUACGUCUAUUUUCAUUUUUCUUUAUUCGCCAAUGAAUCUCCCUGUCUCACCUCUGCUUGUAGCAUCAUGUUUUAUGCUUUUCCUGCAUGAACCUCAUCAAGAAAUCCAAAAAAUUUUACUUGUUCAGCCAUGUCUAUUUGUACGUGUGGAUAAAAAGGUGUCUGGAUUAUCAGGUUUCAAGGAUAGCAAUUCGGUUGUUCAAGCCAGCACUAUGGAGUGUGAUGGAGCAAGACUUAACCAAGGCUCUCAACCCCGCAAAAAACCGAAGGCCAAGGAAAUGUUCUGAUAUCAAAUUCCGGGGUAUAGAGCAUAAAGCAAGAGGAGAAUAGGAAAGGAUAUUCUAGUUUGAGUCAGCCGCUGUUACUUACAUUCAAUUGAUGCAUUAUUCAUCCUGCCUGG